AUGAACUCACAGUCUUUAUUUGGGAUUAGCCCUAUAUCGUCGAGCGACCACAUUAACCUCGACCCUGACCUUGGGAAGAUGCCUGGGAUGCCUGGGAUGCCUGGGAUACAGGGUCAGAGGCAGGAUCAGCGGCCACAGCGGCAGGUGCAAAUGCCAGCGCAUAUGCCAGGGCAGAGACCUACGGUGGGCGGAGGAGAUGAGGUGAGAGGCACGCGGGACUAUAGCGAUAAAGGUAAUGGGAACGGGAACGAGCAUGAGAUUGAGAAUGAGCAAGAGAAUGAGAAUGAGAACGAGAAUGAUGACGAAGACGAAGAGGUGAGCACGCCAUCUUCUGCCGUCGGGAAACGACGCAAAGCUCCGUUAAAAUAUAUAGAGAACACAACUAGGCGGCAUGUGACGUUCGCAAAGAGGCGACACGGGAUUAUGAAGAAGGCCUAUGAGCUAGCGGUAAUGACGGGCGCGAACGUUCUUCUGCUGAUAUUGUCCCCCAAGGGUCUAGUAUACACGUUCGCUACACCCAGCUUACAGCCUCUGAUCAGGGAUGACCCUGGCAAGGAGCUCAUACGAAGGUGCUUAAACCAGGAUAAUAGCACUUAG